GUGUAACUCACAUCAGACGACAAAAAGUCCGAGUUAUGCCUCUUCCGCUUUCGUCGACGGCUCCAAUCAAAGUCGCUCUCGCCUCCAAAUGAUGGCAAGCUUCCUCGCGUCGUAUGGUCAGAGACGAAAAGCUCAUCAUUGUGCUGCUUCAAGUGGACUCUUUUGUCUACGCUCUGUCCGUUCAGCAACAAAGUGCGUAUAACUGUCUGGCACAUGCAAUUGGUCCUAAACCAACGGUUCUUGCUUCCUGUUCUACCUCUCGGAUAGCUGUCGGAUCCCGUCAUUCGGGCUACCCGCGUCCAAAUCUACGUGCUAACAUCCUCCGUACCCAACAAAUCAUGGCUUCUCGUCAGCAGCAGCCAAAGAAAAGGGAUAGAACCAACGAGAACUGCGAUAAAACGGUCAAAAACUUCAUGUGGCGUUGUGAGCAGAUACGACGACGGUACGGGGCCGACGUGUACGUCCAAGUCCGCUUCAAAAGCAGGUUAUAUGAAUACACGUCUUCCAAUGAGCACAAUUUCCCCAAAUCUCGCGCUGAAUUGGCUACCUCUAAGGCUAAGGUUUGGAAGAAAACGAUCUACCCGGUUCCGGUGACAAGAUCACCACUGGACUAUGCGGAAAGAAGAUCUCGAAGCGACGCCAAAGGUCAAUCUGACUGCAUAUACUUGGUGUCGCUUUCCUCAACUCCCCUGAUUUUUGCCAUGUCUUUGGAAAAGCCAUCUUCCAAAGUCAAAAUAACUCUUCCUCUCCAUGAGACUUUCGUCAUCUCGUUACUACGUACGACUGCGUUGCAGAAGGUGGACAGCGAUGGCGACAUUGACGAGCCUUGA